AUGGUGUUUGCAGGUUUCUUCAAGUCAAAUCCACUACCAUACACGGCCGUGUCAAAAGAUGAGGUAGAAGCAGACUCCCUCUUGUCUCCUCCUCUGGAGGGGCAGCAACCCUACAACCGGGCCUCCAGGACGCGCAUAAUCCUCUCACACGCCGCUACAUUCCUCAUCGCCGUCCUUUUCACUUCAGCUAUCCUCAUAAUAUCUCACCCAUCCUCACUUCUCAAAACAACAGCAGCCCCCAAAACAAAAUACCUGCAUUGCGGCAACUCCACAGCCGAAGCUCGGGCACAAGGCUGCGUCUUCGAUGUCCUCACCAACAUGUGGGUUCCCGAGCAAUGCUGGGAUCGCGAAGGAACGGAAGAAUUCAUGCGUACCGCACCCUGGCAAGGCUACGACCAUCAAGACGGCAAACGGAUGUUGACCCUUGACGAAAUGUCGGAACGAGUUGGGCGGGAUCGUUUGGGACCCGAUCCAACGACGCCCCCCUACUGGACGCCCUUGAGGGAACAUGUGAUUCAUUGUGCGCUGAUGUGGCAGAGACAGCAUCGAGGGUUUAUAGGCGGGAUUGGGAAGAAGUUGGAUUUUCAUUCAUUGAGUUAUCAGCAUACCCUGCAUUGUUCGAGGAGUUUGGUGCAUAUGGCUGGUGCUGGGGAGAAGACGCCGGAUCCGUUGGAUAAGAUCGCUAUUAAGACGUGGGUGGGAUUCUCGGAUUGUGAAGUUGAGGUUUGA